ACAGUACAAGUGCACGUGGGUGACACACAGUUCUUAUCUCUGAGGUCGAGGGAUCAGGCCAGGAGUGUGCACUGACUCAAUCGUACUCGUACUCGAACUCAAACUCAUACUCCUGCCAAAAUCAAGAGUAGAUCAUGUCUUCCAGUGACCAGGCAAGUGCAGCCACUUUGCCAGUUAAGAGAGGACGAGGAAGGCCAAAAGGGUCCAGGAACAAGCCCAAGGAGGUUGUCUCUGGAGGUAAAGAGAAUGCCCCUGUGGCUAAGAAGCCACGCAUCACCACAAAGACACCAAAGGCACCAAUGACUAAGAAAACAGUUGAUGAGCUCCUGGCCUCAUUGGGGGUGCAGAACCUUGGAAAAGUAUCUCGGUGUUUGAAGGCUGGGAUACUCAACGGAGCGGUUAAACUGCUAACACCUGAAAAUGAUCCUGGAAAUAAGUUCGGAUUGAAUCAAGUGCUGGUGACUGACAGUUGCUGUUACGAAUGUGGCGAGGACGUCACGUGCACAGUGCGAGAUGUUCUGUACCAACCGGACUAUGGGGGCAAUGGCUAUGGAGAUGGUGCUCCUAACGCCACACUCAAGUGUGAGGGGGAGGACUGUGGGGGCAUAUUUGUGACUGAGAUCUGCCGUGGUGUGUUUGGCUAUGACAGUGGAAAGUUCUUCAACCACUGCACCAAGUGUCCACAAUUUGGAAGGUGUCUUGGUGACUAUAGGGAGUGUCACUGUUCCAAGUGUGGUGACCACUUUUUCAUGACUUCAUUUGGGGGUGGCUGUUACACCUGUGACAAAAAACGCAAACGCCGAAUUUGACUGAAGCCAUGUCCAUCAAAACUCACAUAAUUAUUCUAUAAUUACAUACCCAUUACUCAUUUCAUCAACUGUUACUCAAACUCAAUCCUUCAUUCUCUAUUGACUCUACUCGUUUUAUCAAUCAACCGUUGUGUUGUGUUAUCUUGUUAUUCAGUUUGUACAACACGUACACUGAGGCAUAAAUAUAUUUAUCACUG